UUUCUGUAAUACAUCCUCCCUCGUACCUCAAUCUUUCUUGUUCUUCCGUUUGUACGAAAAACGUGUUGUUGUCACUUAACCUUUUGGUUAAUAAAUAAAAAUGAAGUUUAACAAGUUGGUUACUUCUUCGAGAAGCAAAAAUAGGAAGAGGCAUUUCACCGCUCCCUCACAUGUAAGGAGAACCUUAAUGACCUCUCCAUUAUCGAAAGAACUUCGACAAAAGUACAAUGUGAGAUCUAUGCCCAUACGUAAGGAUGAUGAAGUACAAGUCGUAAGGGGGCACUUCAAAGGCCAACAAGUCGGUAAAGUUGUUCAAGUGUACCGAAAGAAAUUUGUAGUAUACAUUGAAAGAAUUCAAAGAGAAAAGGCCAAUGGUAACAGCGUUUACGUCGGUAUUCAUCCCUCAAAAUGUGUUAUAGUUAAAUUGAAAAUGGACAGGGACCGUAAGAAAAUCAUUGACAGGCGAGCUAAAGGACGCUUGGCAGCACUUGGCAAAGAUAAGGGCAAAUACACUGAGGAGACAUCAGGAUCCACAAUGGAAGUACAAUAAUAUAUUUGUAAUUAAAAUGUCUCAAAUAAAAAUUUUGAAACACAC